GUGUGAUCUGUGUUAAAGGGUUGAGAAGCGCUUUCCGUCAUCCAGCUGUUAAUCUCUGUCGAUUGCGCGCAUUUCUUUAAUUCUCUUCAACUUAUUGAAGGCUUUCAACAUUUUGCUUGGUCAGAGGAACAGCGGUCAGAACGCAGGAUGGGGGCUACAGGUGGGUUUCGUGCCCCAGCGGCGAUGGUCACUGCUGGGUUGUUGAGUGUGCUGGGGGGAGUGUCCUGGUUUUGGAGUUUGGUGGCACUUUUAGCAGUUUAUUUAUGUUGUGGAGGAUGGAGGUUUCUCUAUGUGGCCGCAUGUACCAUCAAGAGAGAUCUUGUUGGUCUGUUCAUACUGCUGCGCGUGAAAUCCUUCAUGCAUCAUUAUAUUCGUACACGCAGUACCAUCCCGUCUAUAUUUGCCCAGUGGGUGGCGCUCCACCCGGAUAAACCCGCCCUAGUGGAGGAGUCUACAGGCGAGGUGUGGAGCUUCUCUGAACUGGACCGGCGGUCUAACGCUGUCGCUCAAUGGGCCCUCACGCAGGGAUGGGUGUCGGGUGACGUGGUGGCCAUCUUUAUGGAGAGUCGCCCGCCCAUGGUUGCACUGUGGCUCGGAUUGGCUAAAGUGGGAGUGGAGCCGGCGCUCAUCAAUUUCAACCUGCGACGUGACUCGUUGAUGCACUGUGUGGGCGUGUCCGGAUCGCGAGGGAUGGUGUUUGGGGCAGAGCUUGUGGACGUGAUGUUGGAGGUGAAGGACUCUUUGAGCAGUCUUGCUCUCUUCUGUGCUGGUGAAGUUCCAGUCGAGACUUUAAACUCUCUGUCGGCUCAGAAUCUGGAUGUGUUGCUGGCUUCAUCUCCUGACAAUCCUCCCGCCAUCACACACAACAAGGGCUUCAACGACAGGUUAUUUUAUAUCUACACCUCCGGAACGACGGGUUUACCUAAAGCUGCCAUUGUGGUUCACAGCAGGUACUAUCGUAUUGCAGCGUUUGGAUAUUACUCUUUUGGUCUGCGUCCAGAUGAUGUUGUUUACUGCUGCCUGCCGCUGUAUCACUCUGCUGGCAACAUUGUGGGGGUGGGGCAGUGUCUGCUGCACGGCCUGACGGUGGUGAUUCGAAGGAAGUUUUCUGCUAGUCGUUUCUGGGACGACUGCAUCAAAUACAAUUGCACGGUGAUCCAAUACAUUGGUGAAAUAUGUCGGUACCUUUUAUCUCAACCAACCCGUCCAUCUGAGUCUCGUCACCAGGUGCGUGUUGCCAUGGGCAAUGGUCUGCGGCCCAAUGUUUGGGAGGGGUUUAUGAAACGUUUCAACAUUAAACGUAUCGGAGAGUUCUACGGAGCCACAGAGUGCAACUGCAGCCUCGCCAACAUGGACAGCAAGGUCGGGGCGUGUGGCUUUAACAGUGUGAUUCUGCCCAGCGUGUAUCCCAUCAGACUGCUUAGAGUGGACGAGGAGACUAUGGAGUUAAUUAGAGACAACAGAGGACUGUGCAUUCCAUGCAAACCUGGAGAACCAGGGAUUAUUGUUGGGCGAAUCAAUCCAAACGAUCCAUUACGUCGCUUUGAUGGCUAUGCUAAUCAGGAGGCCAACAACAAGAAGAUAAUGCACAACGUCUUCAAACAGGGCGACUCAGCUUACGUAUCAGGUGAUUUGAUGGUUAUGGAUGAGUUUGGUUAUGUGUAUUUCCGGGACCGAAGUGGAGACACAUUCCGCUGGCGUGGAGAAAAUGUUUCAACCACAGAGGUGGAAGGAAUUCUGAGUUCUCUAUUGAAUCAGACAGAUGUCGCUGUUUAUGGAGUCUCUGUGCCAGGUGUGGAGGGUAAAGCAGGAAUGGCUGCCAUAGCUGACAUGACAAAUUAUUUUGACUGUGAGAAGUUUGUACGAGAUGUGCAGAGCAACCUUCCCUCUUACGCUCGUCCUGUCUUCUUGCGGCUUUCACCUGAGGUGGACAAAACAGGUACCUUCAAAAUCCAAAAAACACGCUUACAGAAAGAGGGAUUCAACCCAAGGCUAACCACUGACCGGAUCUACUUUCUGAACAGCCGUUUGGGGCAUUAUGAGACUCUGACAGAGGAACUAUACAAUGACAUCAUGCAGGGAAAAAUAUCUCUAUGAGAAAGACAGUCUCGUUGUUGAGCCUGUUUCACGCAUCUUACAUCUUCAGCAUGCGAGUAUCAUAGCGUAACUGCAACAGCAGACACGCGUUGUGCUUUCACACUGACAGUGAGUUGCAUUUACCUGCACAAUCUUGCACCAGUUAAGCUUAAUAAGCAGACAACAUGUGUGAUCACGUAAAUGCCUUAAAUGGUUUUCCUUUAUCGUGGUUAGGUCAUAAACAGUUUAAGCAAUAAUCGAUCGACACGGGUCAGUUUUUGCACAUUACCUCCAUUAUGCUGUGCGUGAAAACACCUUUACCAGCAUUCCGACUGGCUUAUCCAAUGUGUGCAAAUGUUGUGCGCAUUCCUCAACAUUUCGACGUCAAAAGCAACAAAUAACAGACGAAUAACUCUAUGAUUUCAAGUCUCACAUAAACGUGAUUUUUCCUGCAUUUCUGAUUUUUUGAAUAAGCAGAUUUUUGGUAGUUAUUAGUAUAUAGGUGUUCAUGUAAACACGCUCAUUGUUUCUGCAACAUAACAGAGCUGCAGCUCUGUCCAGAAAAUAGUGAUUUCUGGGUGACAUGGAGUAGUUCUUUAGAUAAAGGUCACAAAUUAGAAAACGGUUAUCAUAGUUGCGUCACUGAGAUGUACGAAAAACUUCAUGGUCAUGAAAUGUAAUUUACAUGAGGAGGUGCAUCACAUUUACUGUACAUCUGAAUGGAGUUAAUCUAAACAGGAGGAAAAUCAAACCGUCUUGUUUUAAACAAAAGGUGAGUAGUUCACUAAAUUACUUCUACAUUUCAAAAUAUAGUGUUUAUAAAUUUGUUCAGUUUAAUUGGCUGUAUUUUUCAGUUUGAAACACAAAACCAAAAAUAGGCUUAGCGCUGAAACUGUACUUGCAAUGUAAUGAAAACACUUCACAUACAUGUUGCAGUAACGAAAUGUGAGAAACAUUGUAAUGUUAUAUUGUGUAAUGUGUAAUGUUAUAAGUGUCCUUUGUUGAGUAUCGAUAUACUGUAACUCCUGAAAAAGACUUGACAAAAAUCAAGCUCAUAGUCUGCAUCUAUUGUUACUUGAAACGUCUUGCUAAAUGAACAACACUUGUGCCUUUUCUACUCUUGAUUUGAGUCAUUGCACAUCAGGCUGUAGAAGAGAAAUCCAGCCCACUGAUAUGUGUAGAUUCUGAUCAGAACAUAAUGAAAUGAAUUCACCUCAUGAGUUUACUGUAACUCUCAUCCCAAUAAUUGAACUGAACUUUUGUGAUGGUUACAUAUAAUUUGCAAUGUCUUUUAUGUAACACAUACUGUAAACAAUGAGACACAAACAAAAUUAUUAAAGUUAAGUCACAUAAAAACAAAAGCACUGGCUUUA